AUUUGUACCAGCGUGAAGUUACAAUCGUCUUGAAGUUUGUUUUCUUAUCUAUCAUGGUUUUUAUAUGAUCAUUUAUCAUUGUUGUGUUUAAAAAAUGUUUUUAAGGAUGCGGAAAAAAAUUACUUUAAUACUAACACUUCUGCUUAUAUCUGACGAUGUUUUCGGGAAAAGUGGAAAUAAAACCAAGCAGAUAAAAACUGUGCAUAAAAACUAUAGCAGUAAACAUAAAGUUAACAGUGCACGUGUAAAAAGGUCCUUAGAUGAUGGAACUGAAAAGAUAUUUGGUAAAGAAAAUAUAAUUAAUGAAUCAAAUCAAUACGAUUAUUUAGAUGGAAGAGGAACAGAUUCAAAACUGAAAUCAGUAGUUGAAAAACAAAUUCCAUUUUGGGGUAGCAGAGGUAGACGUGAAAGCUCUUCCGACGAAACAGUCCCUGAUGUGCAGUUACCAACACCAAAGCAUAAUAAAUAUAGCAAAAAUUUAUACAAAUUAUUGUUGAACUCUGAUGAUCAAUCGAAUGAUGAAGUCCCUCCAUUCUGGGCUAGUCGCGGGAGACGUGAUUCCGACGACUCUAAAGACGAUGAUUCACCUCAAUUUUGGGCAAGCAGGGGAAGGAGACAAGAUGAAGAACCUUUUUGGGCCUCAAGAGGUAGGAGACAAGAAGAUAACACACCUUUCUGGGCUAGUAGAGGUAGGAGACAAGAAGAUAAUACACCUUUCUGGGCUAGUAGAGGUAGGAGACAAGAAGAUGAUAUGCCUUUCUGGGCUAGCAGAGGUAGGAGACAAGAUGAUGACACACCUUUCUGGGCUAGUAGAGGUAGGAGACAAGAUGAUGACACACCUUUCUGGGCUAGUAGAGGUAGACGAGAAUCAUUCGAGCCAUAUCCGGGACACGGAAGAAAUAAAGCAAAAUUGCAUUACUCGUACGAAGACUUAUUGAACCAAAAAACAUAUCUAAAAAACGCCAUCCUUGACGCUAUUGAUGAUCUAGGGAAAAGCAACAAUAAUUUUGAAAGAAAUAGAAGAAAGGAUAUCGAAGCUCCAUUUUGGAUGAACAGAGGUAGAGAUAGCAAAUUGAAAACUCUAUUCAAUGGUCUAUCAAGAAACCGUAUGCAAUACAAUCCAAGCACUUCUAACAAAGUUUCGGCUAAUGAACUGCACUCCAAGACAUUUCAGCAAAACACUGUGCACGAUGAUAGGAUUUAUGCUGAAGAACCUCAUUAUAUUUUAGUAGAACGAAGCAGUCGUUCCUCAGCGGAAGAUGAUCCAUUUUUCAUAUCAAGAGGGAAAAAGUAUAGCAAGGCCAAUUUCAAUUUGGCCAAGGCACCCCGAGGUCGUCGAGGAGCAUUGGAAGAUAUUAUGAAAUCCGUACGAAAUGAUCCCUAUAACAUAGCGAGAGGUAAAAAGGAUUACGUACAAAUCGGAAACUCAAACUCAACGGAAAGUCAAUUUAUUAAAACAAAAGAUCUUAUUUGUGCUUCUAUUGAUUUAUUGACGAUGAAGCAUUCAGAAGGAAAUAAAGUAAAAAGAGAGGUCCUUGACAACGAUAGAGACAGACGAACUACUUUAAAGAAACUGGCGUUACAAUUACAAAUGGAUCCCUAUUUUGUUAGCAGAGGGAAAAAAGAUGGAGGAAAUAAUAUCAAACUGGAUGAUUUGGAGCAGUUCAUUAAUAAAGUCAUGAUUCUAUGUAAUUAGAACACAGGAACAUUAGAACACAUAUUAUGACUCGUAUAAUUCGAAGUAUGUAAUAUAUAAAAUUGAAGAUUAGGAGAUAAAGUCUUUGAAAUACUAGGCUGCAAUAUUAACCUGUACUAAGAAGAUUAAAGAUUCAUUUUACUAUAGACCUUAUUGUGUGCUUGUAGAAUUGACGACGUU